CGGGGCGGGGCUUCGCAUCACCCGCCAAUGGGAGCCCUCCGCUCGUCCCUUUCCCCGGUGGGCGGGCGGCGCGCAGGAAGUGCGUCACGCCGCCGGACGGGAGCGGAGCGGGGCGGAGGAUGAGCAAAAGCCGGGAGGGGCCCGCGGCGGGCGGGGGCGCCGCCGCUGUCCUGCUGCGGUACCUGCGGGAGCAGAACCGGCCGUACAGCGCCCAGGACGCCUUCGGGAACCUGCAGCGGGAGCACGGGCUGGGCAAGGCGGCCGUGGUGAAGGCGCUGGAGCAGCUGGCGCAGCAGGGCCGCGUCCGUGAGAAAACCUACGGGAAGCAGAAGAUCUACUUCGCCGCCCAGGAGCAGCUCCCGGCCGCCGGCGACGCGGAGCUCCGCGGCCUGGACGGGCAGAUUGCCGCGCUCUCGGCCAAGGUGCAGGCGCUGCAGCAGAGCUGCCGGCACGCGGAGGCGGAGCUGAAGGACCUGAACAGCUCCAUGACGACCCCUGAGAUGGCCAGAGAGGUCGAGGAGCUGAGGAAGGACUGUGCGAGUUACGCAGAGAAACUGGAGAGGAUCAAGUCUGCCAGCAGCCACGUGACUCCAGAAGAGAAAGAGAAGGUCUGUGGCGAGCAGAGGCUGUACUGCCGGGAGUGGCGGCGGCGGAAGCGCAUGGCGACCGAGCUGCUGGAGGCCAUCCUGGAGGGGUACCCCAAAAGCAAGAAGCAAUUCUUCGAGGAGGUUGGGAUCGAGACGGACGAGGACCACAACGUCACGCUGCCGGCAGCUGUGUGAGCCCCAGGGACCAGAAGCUGAUGCAGCAACUCAGCUGUUGGGUUGAUUUUUUUUUUCCCCCUUUUGCGGGGCUUGGGCUUGUCCUGCUUAUUUGUUUGUUUUAAAAUGCUUUGCAGCUGGAAGGGGGGGGUGGAGGGACUCAGCCUUGGGCCCUCUCAGCAUCUUGCCGGCGGAGGGAACAUUAUUUCUCCCUGCCCUUCAGGGUGGCCCCAGGGGGCUGCGUAGGGGAGGGUGCAAGUACACGGCUCUGCGGCCCCUGGGGUUGCCCUAAGAACAGAAGUGAGUGCCUCAGCAAGGCCAGUGAACUUGGGACUGUUAUGGCUGCAGAGCUCUACCACUGUUUCACCUGCUUCCCACAGUCUGACCGAGCGGUACUCGAGAAGCUGACACAUUAAACUCCAGGAUUUUGGUUGA